AGAUCAUCGGACUCCGGCAAUCACGGAACGACCCACCGUUCAGGGUUAUCAUUCGAACCUUUGGGGAGGAACUUUUUUUUUCUCUCUCUCUCUGUAGCACAAAAAUUUGCUUGCAAGCUGAAAUUGUCAGUUGAUUGGGGCUGGAUUGAUGAUUUGCACGCAUUUUGGGAUUUUUUUCUCGCUGAAAAAAAGUGAGAAGAAUGGUGUUGGAAAUUCCUGGAAGCCGCCAAGAUUCCGAAGAUGGAGAUUUUGAUCGAAUCUCCAAUACAUCCUUCAAUCGGGCCAUGGAAGAGCCCACAUCGGCAAUCCUCGGGGUGUGCAAGAGGUGCUUCAUUAAUCCCUACAUCCACGUUCUUGGCGUAGCUGGUCUACGCCCCCGCAAUAUUGAUUCCCGUGACUGUUUAACUGCACUCGGACACAUCCAGAGCGCCAUUAUUUUCUGCUUCCUCAUCACAAGCUACGUCUUGCAGUUCCUCUGUGGCUUCCGUCGUGAUCGUGGCUUCACUGCCAUGGUACCCAGUACAAGUGUCUGGAUUCACGUUCGUCACCUUCAGCGUAUCAGCGAGAUCACCUUCACCUACGUCGUACCGAGUAUCCUGCACCUUUUCGGCUACAUAGCUGCCCUCACGGUAUUCCGUGUUGUGACCAAUGAGCAAUUCCAGAGUCUCAUUGAGCGUGUCUUCAUCGUCAACAAUCACUACCCACGACGUCUUGUCACCUCGUGCUGGAUGUACAAACUCAUCGGACUUUUGUGGCUCCUCGGUUCCACGUGUUUUGUGGUUCUGAUCACAGACAAGCAAACAGCCACUAGUGAGUGGUUUACCAAACUCUCCGGAACGAAUCAACUAACUUUUACGAGGCUCCUCAUUGGAACGUUAUUUGUCCAGGAUUUUAUACAGUGUAUCGUGCUGUCUUCCUAUGCUGUUCAGUGCUUCCUGCUGCGGCAUUUCUUGCGACGCGUCAAGGAGAAGCUGCUGGAGAACACCAUUGAUCCACUCGAGUGGAUGCGCGAAAUGACGGAAUUCCAGAAAUUGCUGGAACAUCUGAAUCUCCAAAUGUCCACCCCGGUGUCCCUUUUUGUCAUUCUCAACUUCAUCUACUUCCUCUCGGGGACGUACUACAUUGCCGGACGUGGAGAUUUUGCCGAAAAUCUCGAAGUGAAUCUCCUUGAGGUGCUCAAUUGUCUCAUGUGGAUGCUCGGGAUCCUCCUGCCACUGCAUCAGGCUGCCUCACUCACGACCAAGUGCAAAGAGAUCCAAUCGUGUGGACAUGAGAUCCGCAUACGACCCUUCCUGCACCAUCACACCUCAACGGAAGACCUCAAUUCCGUUCUCAUUUACGCUUCGUCUCUUCGGAUGUCGGCGCAACUGCUGAAGAUGCCCAUCAAGGGGGGUCAUCUCUUUGGUAUCCUCAUCCUUGCAGCUGUUAUCCUCACGACAUUCGGUAUGUGCUUUCCGGCACCAUAAAAAACACACCACAACAAUCCCCCCACCAGGCAAUGCGGGUCCUUGACCUCCCGGACUGUUUCCGGCAUAACCUAACAAAAUCCCCCAAAUAUAGGUCCCCACAAACCUCACGGGCACCACGACGGACCCCACUGUGAUGCCGUCAUGUGAGUAAACACCCCCAAGGGCCACUCUAGCCACGGCAGCGCCAUUUAGAGUGGAAUUUUUAAUGAGAUUUGCAAAGCUGACAAGCAAUUUCCUGAACCAUUUCGCGAUCACAUAAGAAAAGUAGAACAUUCCGCCCCUUGGCGCCCCCACAAAUUGCAAUUUCACGCAGUCACAGCACUUACCGCAAAUUCACGUCCGUCCGCAGCACUAAAUUCACACUUAUUUGGUCAUUUCUUGUUAAAUUUUCACAGGUAGAAUACGUGGAAAAUAUGUAAAUAAACUUCUUUCACCACAAAAAAA